AUGGGGGCCACGGCCGAGGUCGGGAGCUUCGCCAACGGAUUCUUGGACAGCUUUGGUCCCGCGGGCGCCGCUUCGGCUCCCGUCGGCUCCCAUUUCGUUCUCACCCCAGCCGGGGCGGUGGACUACAACUCCGUGAACGGACUGAUCAUGGGGGGACAGGGGCAGGAUCACCUGGUGUCCGCGGAGAGGCUGUCCCGGAGCCUGGCGGACCUCAGCCACCUGAAGGGGAUCCUGAGGCGGAGGCAGCUCUACUGCAGGACCGGCUUCCACCUGGAGAUCCAUCCGGAUGGCACCGUGCAGGGCACCAGGAAAGACCACAGCAGAUUCGGUAUUCUGGAGUUCAUCAGCCUGGCUGUGGGACUGGUCAGCAUCAGAGGGGUGGACAGUGGCCUUUACCUCGCAAUGAACAGCAAGGGAGAACUGUACGGAUCGGAGAAGCUGUCAGCAGAGUGUGUCUUCAGGGAGCAGUUUGAGGAGAACUGGUACAACACCUACUCUUCCAAUAUUUACCGUCACGGAGAACGAGGAGCGUUUUACUUUGUGGCUCUGAACAAAGACGGGACGUCGCGGGACGGGACAAGGUCACGGCGGCAUCAGAGGUUCACUCACUUCCUGCCACGGCCGGUGGAUCCAGACAGAGUUCCUGAGCUGUACAGAGAGAUACUGGGCCAGAGCUGAGACUGGAGGAGAAUCGCCCGAAAACCCCCGUCGAGGCUGCUGUGAGCUGCAAAAACAAAUCAAGUGCACAUAAACUCAAUCUCUGCGUGAAAGAGGUGGAGGAUCUUACUGAACUGGACAAAACAGGAUCGCAACAAGUGCACGGCAUCAACGGCAGGCAUGAAGGAAGGAAAGCGUACCGGGCCGGCCGGGUGGUUCGACUGGAAAGCACCGGGAGUCCUCUGUGGAAGUCGUGACGAUAACAGGGACAGAAACUAUCCGGACCCCAAAAUACGAUCCUUUUAUCGGACUAUGCAAAUGCUCUUGAGGCUGAGUAGAUGACUUUUGGAUUUUCUUUACGAUUCUACUGAUGAAAUUCACCUGUGUGACGGUCCAAACUGCAUGUUCAAAAGGAUCUGACAGCUGAGAUUAACCACUGGCUGCUACAUGGCUUUUAUCAGCUUUUCAAUUCUUGUCAUUCCACUGAUUAAACUAGGACUCCUUUUUUUUUUUUUAUCCCAACGUUGCUAUGGCUGCUAAUUUAAUACUUAUUCAAAAUGCAUAAUCCACUAUACAAUGUGGUCGGUUUACAUUCGAAAGGUAGUUUUAUGCACUGGAAGCAGCCAUGUUACUGGGAACGGGUUUUAGAGGGAAAUCGAUAGAACUGGACUGUCUGUUUGUGACGGGACAACGGACUCCUUUUGAAACCAAUCCAAAGACCGAUGCUGCUGAGACAAUGUGACUUUUCUUCAGAGUGCACGGGGAAGAUGAGGAGAAACGCAGCUCCAGUGGAGCUUCAGCUUGACUUGUUCUUUGGUGUCUUGUUGAGGAACAUAAAUAUGUGCGGUUGGGACUCAUUCUGGGACCAAGUGAAGGAAUUUUGUUGUUCUCUGACUGAUACGGGUCAAGCAACAAGGACGGGACUGAAAAAAGACACCUUUUAAAACGAUUUCACAGAUUUUAUUCUUAUUUAUGAGUUUUGUUUUCUAGGACAUACAGUAUAUUUAUUUCAUAUACUUAU